GUCACCAAAGUCCAAAAUCGAAAUAAUCCGGCAAAAAUUCUACACGCCGCAACCAAUGAAACAAAACACGCCAACCUUUGUUACAGCUUCCGUAUCUGGACAUUAAUACAUCCAAAAGUCACAUAAAAAUUUGGUCCCCUCGUAAUUGUCCUCGUCACCAACUCCUUAGUCAACUCCAAAAAUCUUUUUCUCCUUCAAAGCUGCUUCAUUCACUCUCCCUUGGUCCUUUCCCUGCUCUCAAAAAACUGUUUAUUUUCCUCUCCCUUCUCUAUUAUCCAUUCCCCAGUAUAUAUACAUGCCCAUCUACGACAACUACAGAAAAAUCAAUGGCCAUAUGGCCUGAACCACAAACGACAAUAAUCAUUAUAUAUACCCAUCUACGACAACUACAGAAAUAUCAAUGGCCAUAUGGCCUGAACCACAAACGACAAUAAUCAUGAAGAAAGCAACAAUCAUGAUUUUCCUCUUAAUCAUGAUCUCAUUGGCGUCGCCGGAAAAAGCAGCCGCACAGAUUCUAUCACCCCCACCGCCGGAUUACAGCCAGGGCCAACCAACAGUGGACUUCAGAAUGGCCAUAGUCAUGGUCCUCCUCGUCAGCGUCUUCUUCAUAUUGGGCUUCCUCUCCGUCUACACCCGCCAGUGCGCCCAGGACAGGUUCCGGGGCCGGCUUGACCUCGGCUUUGGCCCAUCCUCUCCGGGCUGGGCCACAGGCGCCCGUGGGCUUGACCCGGACAACAUCGAGACCUUCCCGACUUUCGUCUACAAGACCGUGAAGGGACACAAGAUCGGGAAAGGCUCUCUGGAGUGCGCGGUCUGCUUGAACGAGUUCGAGGACAGCGAAACGCUGCGUUUAAUCCCCAAGUGCGACCACGUGUUUCAUCUUGAUUGCAUCGACGUCUGGUUGGUUUCUCACGCUACAUGCCCCGUCUGUCGCGCUAACCUAAUCCCCAAACCCGGCGAGGUUCACCAUACUCUGGCUGAAAUUCUGCAUCCGGUUGACGACCCAGUCCGACCUGAUCAUGUUUCCGUUAAUAUUGAAGAACCAAGCAGGCCGGAUCGAGAGAUGGCGAUCAGAGAUGAAGAGUCGCCGGAGGUUGGACUGAUCGGGGGAGCGAACCGGAACCAGAACCGGCCGUCGCGGUCGCGGUCGACCGGGUUCGGACCGCGGAGAUCAAGGUCGACUGGGUGGAGAUUGGGUGGGAUGUUCCCGCGGUCAAAUUCGACCGGCCAUUUGAUUGGCCGACGGGGAGGGAGUCAUGAGCGGUUCCCGCUUAGGUUGCCGGCAGACGUACGAAAUCAGCUGGUGAACUCGUCGUUGGAGAGGGCGAAGAGCACUGGCGCGGGGCUUCCGAGGGUAGGGAGCGCAAGGAGGGGAUACCGGAGCGGCAGUCGGAAGGACGGGUUUAGUUACUAUGAGCGGUUUGAACCAGAGGCGAGGGCCGACCGGUGGGUUUUCUCGGUGGUGCCGCCUUUUGUUUCGCGGACUGGGUCAGUCAGGUCUUCAAAGGAUGUGGGCGGUGAUGAUGUGGUGCCUCGUCCGAAGGCGGCUUCGUCGGAGCAUGAAAAGCCACCGUUGGAUCGUCCGUUUGUUGGGAAGGACGAUGUUGGUGAACGGUCAUCGGAUCCGCUCCGACCCGAUAAUCAUGUUUGAGGAUUGAGAUACAUUGUUGACUUUUGUUUGGUGUACAAAGUUUUUUUUUUCUUUUCUCUCGUUUUUUUUUUUAAUCUUUUACUCUUUUUAUUUUUUUAAAGA